CAUAUGGAUAUGGGACUUGAUUUUUUUAAAGAUCCAUACCGAAUUUAAUGUUAAUCUUUUGGAUCCUACACACAUAGGUGGGAGAAGGUCUUAUAUGAUUAUUUUUCAUAAUUAAAUAACACAAUUUUUUGACUUUUAGGUCGGGUCCGAUUGGGUUUGGGUCCCAUAUCAUUUUUCGGGUCCGAGUCCCAGACUAGGACCCUAUCCCCCGUUGCCACCCCUACUUUCUGGUGCGAAUUUCAGCAGGAACAAAACUGCUAUUUGCUUUUAGAAGUAGGGAUAUAUUCGACCUCACCAAAACCUGUUUUUUUAUUAAGAAGCCUCUCUUCAACUAGCCGUUGAAGCUUCCUCUCUCAUAGCCGUUGAAACAUGAAUUUAAACACCAAUUCUCUUAACCGUUAUUACCACAACCAACCCAUCAUUCUACUCUUUCUUCACUUUGAAGCCCAAUCUAAAGAGAGACUUUGUACACAAUUUAGAGAGAGAGAGAGAGCAAUUGUACCUAAAUCCUAGCAAGAGAGAGAGCCCUCGUACCGAUCUUCUAGAGAGAGAGAGCUCUUCCUGGCACAAGCUAAUCGAGAGAGAAUGCAAGAGGCCGGGGGAAAAGCGGAGGAAAGAGGGAAUCAAGCACAAGAAACAGACUGCAAUGGGGAGAAUGAAUGCAAUUUGUUUAGCCCACGAUUUAGAUGUGCAGCAAGAUUGGCCGGUUGGGACGAGGAGACCCUUCUGCUCGCGAGCCUCGUGGUCGAGGACACUCCUGUGAGAGAAGCUAAGCAGAGGAAGAGAACCUCCCCGCUUUUAAUUAAAUCUCCACCGUCCUCUUCGAAGAGAAGGCGCAGAGUUCGAAGGCAGAGUCCUCCUCUUAUCCCACUUGCAGUUCCAAACCUUGACGAUGAAGAUGACUACAAAAAACCAGAGAAAGCCACAAUGCCCAAUGUUCAUGCUCCUGCUCCCCUGUGUCUGGAUAGAUUGAGGGAAGAGCUCUCUUGUGCGGUUUGCUUGGAUAUUUGCUUUGAGCCCAGUACCACUCCUUGUGGUCACAGUUUCUGUUUAAGAUGUUUACAGUCAGCAGCUGAAAAAUGCGGGCGGAAAUGCCCGAAGUGCCGGCAACUCAUCAGCAUUGGAAGGGCUUGCACUAUAAACACAGUACUAUGGAACACCAUACAGCUUCUGUUCCCAGAGGAAGUUGAGGCAAAGAAGAAGGCAGUUGAGGAGAGAAAGAGAAAGAGACAAAUCAUGGCCGAAGCGAAGCGAAGGCCUUCUCGGGUAUUACCAACAGUUUCUCAAUCUACAAGCAACAGAGUAUUGGCUUCCCAUUCUACAAGCAACAGAGUAUUAGCUUCUCAUUCUACAAGCAGCAGACCAGUGGCUUCUCUCUCUACAAACAACAGAGCAUUGGGGAGGAGGAGAACACCAAACCAAGAUGAGGAUGCAGCCUUGGCUUUAAGGUUACAGAGAGAAGAAUUCAUGGCAGGUUUUCAUGAUUCUCAGUUUCCAAGAAGAAGCACUCUAUCUUCUGCAAGAGCCAACUUGAGAGCCAUGGCUUCUCGAGCAAUGCGCCUUCGUGAGAGGAGCCGACCAAUUUGAGAGCCACGACUGAAAUCAGUUCUAUAUUAAAGGGGGUGGUUGUUUUAUCUGUAAAAAUUGUCUUCCACAUUUUGAUUAAGGUCUCCCCACUUGGAAUCCUCCAAGAUUCAAUGAAAUCUGAAGAUAUACAAUUGCAACUGGCAGAUGUUGUUGGGCGAGUUUAAAUUUUCUGCACUUUUUAUGAUUUCUACUUGUGUUAUUUUUCUUCAAGAUAAUAAGAUAUGUCCCUAUUGCAAAAUAAUACUA